AUGGGACAUAUUCCGAAAGAAACUUGGGAUAAAAAAAAGGCAUUAAAAAUAGUAAGAUUUCAACAAAUGACAUGCUCUGAAUUCUCGUUUGAGAAUGAUACAAAGAAAAAUUCUAAUGCAAGCAGCGAGAUAUAUUGGUGUCCAGGGAAAAUGUUACAAAUCGUCCAAUUGGUGAAUUCAAUGACCAAGCAUUCUAUAAAUGAUAAAGUUCCUUAG